UGCCACCCAUUUUAUUUAACUUACAUAUUUUGAAACAAGAAAUUGACUUGAUUUUAUCCAUCGGAAAUUGACUGGAUGGUGAAAAGUCAUCAUUUUUGAUCCAGGUGGUUGGAGAGGACGCUGAAAAAUAGGACUUGGCGACAUCCAACAGCUGAAACGGAAAUUGCUUUGAGAUACAAACAAACAUUUUUUGUAAAAUGUUCACUGUUGCACCAUUUACAGUAAGACAGGAACAUCUAUUAUGUGUUGAUUUCACACUGACCUUCAAAACUCUAAUGCAUUACAUUUACAACACACGAUUACACAAUGUAACCAAUGACAUUUAGCAUUAAUAGUGUGUUUUAAUGCAUUAUACACUUAUUUAAGGUAAUAAAAUAUUAAAAUCUUAUGUAUAACUGUAUAUUCGGAAACAAAUAGUUUAAUUGUAGUACUACUAUACUAUCUUUUUCCUCAUGUUUACAUACUAAGUCAAAGCCUCUCUAUCUCUUUCUCUCAGACACUUUAUUUACACUUCAGAGACAUCCUUUUUUUCCAAGUCCGCCUCUCUUUUUUUUCCCUUCUAUUUUUUUCUCUUUUUCCUGUCUUUUAUGUCUCUCAACUCAUCCCAGACAGUGCAUCAGUCCAUGCUUCAAUUGCAUUUUAUUCUCCGUUUGUGUGGCUGCAUGGAGCCGAGACUCGGGUACAGAGAUCAACAGCAGUUGUUUAAUCUCCUCUUCCUCCUCCUCUUCCUCUCCACUGCCUUGUAAUUAUGAGGGAAAUGGAGAGAAUGCGGCCCCCUGCAGUGCUGCUAUACGCACUCCUCUCUGAACACCUGACCAGAGCUGGUGACACAAGCCCACAACCACGGAGAGUGAGUGAGCGAGAGAGAGAGAGAGAGAGAGAGAGAGAGAGAGAGAGAGGAUGAGGGACGUGCUACAGCUGUCUCUGUGACAGACUCGGCGUCUGCUGCUGCUGCUGCUGCUGCUGCUGCUGCUGCCGAUUGCUCUACAAACUGCCUCUGUGUCCGUGCUGUCCAGAUACAAACUCGUUCAUGUCGUUUUGCCUGGUCGACUUUUUUGACAUGGAGUCGCCCACCAAAGAGAUUGAGGAUUUUGAGAACAACUCUCUGAAGUACCUACAAGCGGAUCAGAUUGAGAAGAUCUGGCUCAGACUGCGAGGACUGCGAAAAUAUAAGAAGACGUCACAGAGGCUGAGAUGUUUGGUGAAACAGUUGGAGAGAGGUGAGGCUUCUGUUGUCGACUUGAAGAAAAACCUAGAAUAUGCUGCAUCCGUUUUGGAAUCUGUCUACAUUGAAGAAACAAGGCGGUUGGUGGAUACAGAAGAUGAGCUCAGUGACAUCCAGUCUGACUCUGUUCCCUCAGAAGUGCGCGACUGGCUGGCGUCAACUUUCACACGUCAGAUGGGGCUGAUGUUGAGACGGUCAGAGGAGAAGCCGCGAUUUCGCAGCAUCGUGCAUGCAGUGCAAGCAGGGAUAUUUGUGGAAAGGAUGUACCGACGGACCUCCAACAUGGUGGGGCUGAGCUAUCCACCCAGCGUGAUCACGGCCUUGAAGCAUGCGGACACGUGGUCAUUUGACGUCUUCACACUGAAUGAUGCCAGCGGAGAUCAUGCACUGAAAUUUAUUUUUUAUGAACUUCUCACCAGAUAUGACAUAAUCAAUCGCUUUAAGAUCCCUGUUUCUGCUCUGGUGUCUUUUGUGGAGGCCUUGGAGGUGGGCUACGGCAAGCACAGAAACCCUUACCACAACCUAAUCCACGCCGCAGACGUCACCCAGACAGUGCAUUACCUCCUGCUCAAGACCGGCAUGGUUCACUGGUUAACUGAGUUGGAGAUCUUUGCUAUGUUGUUCGCUGCUGCUGUGCACGAUUACGAACAUACCGGCACCACAAACAACUUCCACAUACAGACUAGAUCCGACACAGCCAUACUAUAUAAUGACCGUGCCGUACAGGAGAACCACCAUGUUAGCGCUGCAUAUCGCCUCCUGCAGGAAGAUGAUGAAAUGAACAUCCUCUUCAAUUUGUCGAAAGAUGACUGGAGAGAACUGCGGGCACUGGUGGUCGAGAUGGUCCUGGCAACUGACAUGUCCUGUCACUUCCAGCAGAUUAAGGCCAUGAAGAACUUCCUGCAGCAGCCUGAAGCGAUUGAUAAACCCAAGGCCUUAUCCCUGUUACUGCACACCGCUGACAUCAGCCACCCUGCCAAAAACUGGAACAUGCACCACCGCUGGACCACCUCACUGCUGGAGGAGUUCUUCAGGCAGGGCGAUAAGGAGGCAGAGCUUGGACUUCCUUUCUCUCCUUUAUGUGAUCGCAAGUCUACCAUGGUGGCCCAGUCUCAGAUCGGUUUCAUUGAUUUCAUUGUGGAACCUACCUUCACUGUGCUGACAGACAUGAUUGAGAAAAUCGUGACUCCGCUGAUCGAAGAAGCCUCACCCGCCGGCCUGGCCGGGUUCAGACGCUCCAGUCUGAAUAACAUCCCGUCGGACGGUAAACGCUCUACUGUGAGAGGCUCUGGUUCGGAGAGCGGCACUUCCCUGAAUUGCUCCAUAAGCGCUGUCGAUUUUAAGACCUUCAAAAGCACCUGGAAUGAGGAAGUGCAUAAAAACAGAGAAAAAUGGAAAGCACAGGCUGCCAAAGAUCUGGAAGAGAAGGCCAAACAGGAAGAGAACGAGGAGAAAGAUAAUAAAACCGACACAGACACACAAAGCAGUGACAGCAAAGGCGAUAAUACUAAAAAAGAAGACGAGAUCAACACAGACUCGAGUGUGAAAUCUCAAGACAAACGGAAGGAAGACACAAGACAAGAGAAGGAUUCAAAGACAGAUCGAGAUGCUACAGGCGAUAACAAGGAGCCCACAGAACAACAGCCCAGAGAGGAAGAGGGCAAUAAAGACCCAGGGGGGGUGAAUGGGGCUCAAACACCAGUUUCUGAUUCCAAAGAGCCCGAGACCAGCAGUGACACAGACAACAGCCAGCGAGCACACAACGGUGAGGCUCGCCGCAAAUACCACCUGGUCAGAUACAGAAAGAAACCCAGUUACUGUGCCAACUCCUACUUGCCCUCCCGCACGCAGAAAGAGGACCUCAAACCCACAGACCCCCGUAGCAGGGCCAGACACCUACAGGGCAUCUCUCUGAGACGGGGGAGGUGACCCCAUCUACAGCACACACACCUCUGUCUGUUCUGAACUGAUGAUGGAGUAGAGAGAUGCUGUUUCAACCCAAAGUCAAAAGAAAAAAACAAACAAAAAAAUAUAUUCUGCAUGAAGACA